UUUGAAUGAAUUGGCCUUGACAGUUUUUACUCGUACUUUUACAUAAUUGAGGUUUUCUUUAUUUCUGUGAUUCAUCACCGUCGGAAAAUUCAUUCAUGAUUUAACUAGACUAAUCUGUACUCAUGAGUGAGGAGCACCCUGAACAAUCUUCAAAAGUACAGUUUAGAGAGGAAGAUGGAGAGUUAGUUUUAUCAGACAAUGAAAAUCAAGAUGAAAAACCAGGUGAAAGCCCUGAUAGGUCAAAUUCCCGCAAAAGCCGCCGCAAGCAAACAUUCGAAAGACGCAAUAUCAAGAAAGUUCGGGAAGAUGGCCUUAGCGAAGAAGCCAAGGCGGCUCAAAAGGCAGAAAUGGAAAGGAGGCAGCGUCUUUUUAGUAAAGAUAAAGGGGAGCAAGUGAAGUUUUCUAACAUAGACUUCUUACUAAAUGAUUCUUCAUCGUCACCCGAUUUUCUAAAGUGUUCUGAUGCCAACUUUCAAUCUGAGUUGCAAGAAACUGGUUCAUUUGUAAAAAAGGAGGGAAAGUAUGACUCGGAUGCAGAAGAAUGUAACUCCGUUGAUAGUCAGCGCAGUUCAUUUGAAACAGUUGAAAAAGGUGCUAAACAAACCGUCUCAAACUCGCUUACAAAUGGAGGCAAACAGUCACCUGGCAACGAAUUGGAUCAAAAAAGAGCUGUUAGUUCUGCCUCUGCUGCACUGUUUGGUUCCACAUGGAGUGAUUUGCAAUCUUUUCGCAUGGGCCAGUCACAAGACGAUCCUAUUUUACUUGGUGAUUCUGAUGAUGAUCAGCAUGCAGAUUCUGGUAUCAUUGAAGUUAGUGAUGGUGAAGAUGAACCAGAAAUAGAAGUUGAAGCUGAAAUUUGCGAGAUACAAGAUGCAGAAAACUUAGCCGAUAUUGAUGGCAAAAUCAUUAUUAAUACAUCUCGUGAUCAAGAUGAAGAACCAGAAAUUGUUUUAUGCCCUCAAAUGGCUAGGGUUAUUAAACCGCAUCAAGUUAGCGGUAUACGUUUUUUAUAUGAUAAUGUUGUUGAAAGUGUAAAACGAUUUCAUACAACAGAUGGAUUCGGUUGCAUUUUAGCGCAUAGUAUGGGAUUGGGUAAAACUAUACAGAUUAUCGGAUUUCUUGAUAUUUUAUUCCGUUUUUGCCAAGCACAAAGAGUUCUUGUAAUCGUUCCAAUUAACACUAUACAGAAUUGGCAAGCAGAAUUUGAGCUCUGGUUACCAACUGAUUUAUCAAGCUGCGCAGCAAAUAAAAAGUCCAAGUUUUUCCAACGUUUCUCCAUUCCUAAACCCACUACAGAAUCAAAACAACAUCCUCCUUCCUCAGAUCGCGCAGAUUCUUCUGCCGAUCCGAAUGUCCCACUGGUUGAUUCAAAAGAAACUGACGCCAACAUGGAUGAUCAAAUGCUAUGGUCUUCUAUGUUUGAAAAUGACAAGAGCGAGUCUCAGUCGAAAGUGGAAGAUGUUUCCCAUAAUGAAAGCUUUUAUGGCGAACCGAAUGAUUCAGAAUAUUCUUUUGUUAAUAGUGGUAGUUGCCUUCGACCAUUUAAAUUAUUCGUAGUGCGGGAUACUGUAAAAACGAUGAGUCAGCGUCACCAGAUCAUUCAACAAUGGUUUGAAGAAGGUGGUGUUUUGUUAUUAGGUUAUGAAAUGUUCCGGCUACUUUUAAAUCAAAAGCGUUUGAAUCCUCCUCCAUUAUAUACAACGAAAGUUGAUGUACGAAUACCUAAACGUCGGAAAAAGGAUAUUUGUAUUGAUAUUGAUAAAGAGGAAAAACGAGAAAAGAUGUGGGCAGAUUUUCAUACAGCGCUUUUGGAUCCUGGCCCUCAGCUUGUUAUCUGUGAUGAAGGUCAUCGAAUUAAAAAUAGUGAGGCGUCAAUUUCUAAAGCUUUGAAAGCUAUUAAAACACAUCGACGUGUAGUACUCACUGGUUAUCCACUUCAAAAUAAUCUUAUGGAAUAUUGGUGUAUGGUUGAUUUCGUUCGACCUAAUUAUUUAGGAACAAAACAAGAGUUCACUAAUAUGUUUCAAAGACCAAUUGAAAAUGGCCAGUGUAUAGAUAGUACACCUGAAGAUCGUAAAGUAAUGCAAGGCCGAGCACAUGUUCUGCAUGACUUGUUAUCUGGUUUUGUUCAACGGCGUUCACAUGCUGUUCUCAAGGCUAGUCUCCCACCGAAAACCGAAAUUGUUCUACUAAUCAAACUCUCAUCCUUACAACGAACACUUUAUGCAGCAUUUAUGCGAAGUCUGGGUUCCAGUGGUCCACUUGGUUGGGCUCAAGUGAAUACGUUGAAAACAUAUGCAAUGUGUUGUAAAAUAUGGAAUCAUCCUGAUAUAUUACGUCGUGCAAUGGAAGAACAUAAGGAGGCUAUGGAUUUUGAUAUAGAAGAGACAACAGCAAAUAAUAAUUCGAAUACAACAAUGUCUUCCACGAGUCGACCACCUUACCAACGAUCAAAUAGCACCAUUUCAACUAAUCAAAAUGAAUCACAACAAUCAUGGGUUAGCGGCGGGGAUUCCACUUCUAUUUCUUCAGAUUUAACCUCUGGUCAAUUAUCUGCAUCAACAAUUAAUAAUUCUACAUAUUCUGGAACUGAUUCUUCUAUGCCACCAUCUUUUAUGGCUCCAAAUCCUAUGUUCCCUGCUUCUAUGGUUGGUGGCGGAACUCCUUCCAACACUGGACAAUCUAAUACCGCACCUAACUCAGGCUAUUUUUACACUCAGAACUAUACACAUCAGUCAAAUGUUGGCACAUAUGACUGGGCUGGUGAUCAAGAAUUAUGGGGUGAUGAUUUUAAAACUGGUAAUGUAGAGCAUAGUGGCAAAGUUCUACUGUUCUUAGACAUAUUAAAAGGAAGUGUUUUAGCCGGUGAUAAAUUAUUAGUUUUUACACAGAGUUUGUACACAUUAGAUCUGUUAGAGCGCAUAUUGCGCCAUUUACCAUUACCGGUUAUCGGUGUUGAUAAGUCAGAAACAGUUCCAGCAAAAUCAUCGGAAAUUCCAUUAGAAGACAUUGGCAAAUCCGAAAUCUCAUCUUACAAUCCCUCAACAACGAUACACAAGAAUAAUGAACAGAAUCAAGAUGAUCAUAAAUGCAGUGAGUCAAUGUAUGGUUACGAUGGAGUUGAUCACUUUCAAUCAAAUCAACCUGAUGAGACGAUGAAACAAGAAGUGCAGGAAAAUAGUAAAGAAGAGAUCAAGAACAAGUUGGAAACAGAAGAAGAGGAAGAAGAAACUCCGAAAUCUUUACACUAUAGGCUGUCGACACGUCGGGGUUGUAUGGAUGAACCAACUGUGUGGACUCGCAAUGUCCAUUAUUUCCGUCUAGAUGGUAGUACAAAUGCAAGUGAACGUGAGAAAUUAAUCAAUAAUUUUAAUGAUCCUAAAAAUCCAGCAAAACUGUUUCUUAUGUCAACUAGAGCUGGUUGUCUAGGUGUUAAUUUGAUUGGAGCGAAUCGUGUUGUUGUAUUUGAUGCUUCAUGGAACCCAUGUCAUGAUUGUCAAGCAGUUUGUCGUGUUUAUCGAUAUGGUCAAGUAAAACCGUGUUAUAUUUAUCGACUUGUUUCAGAUAAUACUAUGGAGAAGAAAAUAUACGAUCGACAAGUAACUAAACAAGGCAUGUCAGAUCGUGUUGUCGAUGAAUUAAAUCCAACACAACAGUUUACUCGUUCACAAGUGGAGUUAUUAAUGUCAUUUGAGGAUAAAGAUAUGGAGACUAUCACAGAUGAUGAUUUAGAAACUUGUAAAGAUAUCAUCCAACCAGAUCCAAUACUUGCAGAUGUUUUAAAAAAGCACACUCGAUGGAUUACAAAACGACCAUUCACCCAUGAAUCAUUAUUAAUUGAUCGGAAAGAUUAUCGUUUAACACGCGUUGAAAAGCGUAUGGCUCGUCAACGUUAUGAACAAGAGAAACGUUUAAGUUUAAGCUAUCAACAAGCCCAUUUAUUUCAAUUACAACAAAUGCAAAUAUUACAACAACAACAACUUUUAGCCGCUGGAAUUAAUCCUGCUUUGGUGGAUUCAUCUCGCUUCUACAAUUCCCGAACUCCUAACAUCCUCUCCCGAAGUACCAUUAACUAUCGACCAACGUAUACAAGUGGAAUGGCAGCUCUAGAUGCGAUGCGUCAGGUUGAUCGACAAGCACGUCUACGAAUGUUACAAAAAGACUUAGAUGAAGCACGUCGACGUUGUGGUUACGCAAAACCUGAUGGUCUAAGUAAAAUAAUUGAAUCUCCUGAUUGUAAAGUGACAAGGAUUGUAGCUAAUACUGAUUUAUUUUUCCCAUCCACAACAAACGCAACGACUACACAACGUAAAAUUCCUAAAGGUGAAGUACUCGAGGUGAUACAAACUCCAAAAGCGAAAUAUUUACGUAUUAGUCGAACUGGUGAUUUGUUUAUUGUAAAAACCAGUGGAACAACAAAUAGUAAUUCACUUUCUACUGAAAAUAAUACUCCUUCUUUGGAUGGACAAGAAAGUAAUACUGCUACCACUACUACUGACAAACAAAUAACCUCCAGUGAUACAGUGAAUUCAAAUACUACUUGUCGAAACUCUUCUAAUAAUUUACGAUCCACAGUCGCUACUGCUACCACUGCUUCUAUUACUACUACUACUACUACUACUAGUUCAGCAGAUAAUUCUGAUAUUACACUUCCUGGGACGUUUGGUUCAUCGUAUGAAAACAAUCGACAACAUUCUCAGACACUUCAGAAAUCAUCUUAUUCAACAAAUAAUUCUGAUUCUAAUAUCUCCAGAUACAAUAAUUUGAAUAAUAAAUCAGAAAAUAAUGUUCCUAAUUCGUCUGUGACUUAUUCUAACAGUCAACCUUUUAAUUAUUCUCAGUCAUAUAAUCAGUCUAAUACAAAUACUUUUCAACCAUCUACCAGUGUAGCGAAUUCAGCUUCAGAUAGUGGUAGGUUAGGUUAUUCAAAAGAUUCACAUUUCUUACAAUCUAAUGUUUCUCCAAAACGUGCUCAUUCAUCAAAUGAAACGUUUACUUUUGAUCCGAGCACCAAAGACUCCCGACAAUCCUACGAUGCAGAAUCGUCUAAUUAUCAACAUCGAAUGUUGAACCGGCGUGAUACUACUACUACUAGUAGUAGUAGUAGUAGUGCUAAAGAAGAUCACAAUAACACAAGUAUAACCUAUCCUAAUCAAACAUUUUCUUCUCAGGAUCCUUUCCGAGCUCAUGUGCAGCGUACACAACAGGUUGAAUUGUCUUGGCCAUGCUUAACAUGCGGACGUACUAUUGCCACAGGUUGCACUUGUCGUUUAAAUUCAUCGAAUAUAAACACUUCAGUAAGAACUACUAUUUCUAGUUCACCGACAAAUAGUGAUCCGAAUGUGCAAUCUUCCAGAUUUAGACCUUUUACUAACUGUACUACUCCUUCAGAAUCAUUUCAGUCCGAUCAUGUUAAUAAUAAAAAAAAUUUUCCAUCAGCUGUUAAUUAUCAAACAACUGUUAGUGUACCGUACUACCAGACACAAAAUGUUUCUUCCUCCUCAGCACCAUCCUCAUCCGCUUUAUCAUCUGCUCAUCGUCAAUUACAACAACAACAUCAGUAUUUACGUACUGCUGAAGAUGUUGCACGACAAUCGGCCCUGUCUGCUACAGUUUCUAACAACACUAAUCCUAGUAAUUCUUCAUACCAGUCCACUUAUCAAAACCCGACACGAAUCAACAAUAUCAAUAAUGACAGUAAUACUACUAGUGCUACUAAUAACAAUCAUGCCCAACAUCUUAAUUUAUCAUCUGGUCAUCAUCAGGUGAAUACUUUACAAAGUCAUGUAUCUAUGAUGCAGGAUUAUUUUACACAAUUAACAAAUCAACGUCCACAAUUAUCAUCUCCAUCAUGUUCAUUAGAUUUACAACGAGCAGGGUUUGGUGGUGAACAAACUCCAUCUCAUGCUGUCGCUGCAGCAAUGCAACAAUAUUUAGCUCAAAAUAGUCAAAAUCAUAUGAAUAUCAUCAAACAGAAUAAUAAUAAUAACAGUAAUUCUGCACAUAAUCAUCAAACUAGUCCAGAAAGAAAUCUAUCCAAUUUAAGAACAUCGUUUGAUCCAACUGUACAUUAUCAACAAUUUCAAUUGGCUGCUGUUGCUAAAGAACAACAUCAACCUCAUCAACAACAAUUGUUGUUACAACAACGUCAACAACAACAGCAAAAUAUUGGUUUUGUUGAACGUAGUCAAUCAUCACAUCAUCAUACAUUACCAGGCUCGGCUGUUGCUUCUGUAUCUUCGUCUCCGGUUGCCGCUGCCGCUGCUUCUUCUUCAAUGUUUAAUCAUUUACAUUCACAAGCGUUUCCUAAUUUUCAUUUUCCACAGUUUUAAUUGGAUCAUCAUAAUUUAUGAUGUAAUUCUUGGGGUUUUUAUGUGGGGGAGGGACAAGAGCAAUGAUUCAAUAUUUUAAUGUUAUUUCAAUUAGUAGUUCGCCCAUUUACUCAAUGUGUGUGUGUGUUUGUCAUAUGCACAACUGAGAAUAUUCUUUUUACUCGUUUUCCUGUACUUAACUAGACACAAUUGUGAAAAAAAAUAUGUUUUAUUGUUGUAAACAAGAUGUAACGGUGUUGUUAAUUCCUAAAGCCCUCAAACCCCCCCCCCUACCAUUUCAUAGGGUUCUUUUUUUAUACAUAAAUUUCACAUUGUUAAACUAUCUUUAUGAAUAGUAAGUAUUAUGAAAAUGAAAUAGUAAUGACAAGAUCAUUACAAAAAGAAAGGAGACUAUUUUGAAUCAUUAUUUGUAAAGUUAUAUUCUCUUGUGUAUAUUUAACACUUUAAUAGUUGAUUUUUCCAAUCUCAUAAUGUACAUACUGUCACUAAUACUACUCCUCCUACUAAUUCGAUGUAUUAUUCAAUUUAUUUUAAAACUUUAUCUUUUCAAUGUUCAGAGAUUAUUCUAAAUAGACAUGCAUAUAUAUGAUAUAUAUAUAUUGUAUUAUAAAUUGCAUGCAUAAUAAUUUUCCUAAUAUUGUUUUGUUCGUGAACAUUGUCAUGGUUUAAACGUUCACUUUCGCAUAUAUAUGAAUCAUUGUACUUUGUCACAAUUUGAUUGAUUUAUUUUUCUCCUUAUUCAUCGUUAACAAUUGUUUCACUCUAAUGAUAUUUAUAUAUAUAUUUGUGUAUGUGUGUGUGUGUGUCAACCGGUUGUUGAUAUGUGCUACAAUACAUCAGUUUAGAGUAUUGUCCAUUUAUCAUUAAUGCUUGAAAAAAAAAUCAUCAUUUUCUCUCAUAUCAGUUUCGCUUGAAAGUGUACUUGAAAAUUGUCCAAUGUUUCAGCCAAUUAUGUGUGUACAUCAUCAUCAUUAGCAGCAGGAGUAUCAUUACCACUGUUAUUACUAUGACUAUGACUAUUGCCAUUACAUUUGAACAGCAUAAAUAAAUAUUUAUUUCU